AGUUUCUUUUCUCCUUUUAAGAAACACAGGAACUUGCAGCUAAAUAUCUCAUUUGCUGUAGAACAACAACAACACCACCUAGACAAACUCCAAGGGGAAGCAUGGUGAGUCCUGAUUCUCACCAUCAAGAUGUCAGCCGGGAAGUUCUCAACGUCGGGCUGGUUUUAAGUUUCAAGGUUUGUGAAUGCUGCACAGGUGAUCUCCCAAACCAGAACCGGAAGACAGAAAGCAUCUGUUUGGGGCCUGGCAUGUGUGAGGGGACGGCCUCAUCGGGCAGCGCAGCGGAGGGGGCCAGGGUCUGCUGCUCUUGCCCCUCACUCUGGAGAGGCCCGUGGGCCACGUACUCUUUGGCCCCUGUGGAAUGUGGUCGCAUUCAAUGUGGAAUGCGUGUGCACAGGACCUUUCCCAUGUGCCGGGUUUGGCUCAGAUUCACCUGCCUCUCACCAGCUUGGCCGUGUCUCCAUGGGCCUGGCUCGCGCGCACGUGGUGUGUUCUGGAGCGUGGUAACUCGGUGGCUCUACCGGAGAACAUUCGUUGUUUUUCUCUUUCUUCACCCGCCAAGAGCUGUUGGUGAUUCCCAAAAGGAACAUCUCUGGAAUCUUUUGAAGUAAAAGCUUCUUGGAGCUGGAGGAGCUGUGGAGAGCUCGUGUGUUCUCGUGCUCCUCCCAUGGGGGGAACUGAGGCCCAGAGAAUCGGGUCUCCUGUCCCGCUGUGUGCCGGAAAGGACCAUGUGCGCCGACUCCACUGCUGCUCUUUGGAACCCUGGAGGAACACGCUCGUCAGAAAUAAGGUGCACCGGCCCGGAAACCCCACCCCGCUGUGUGGGCGUCUGUAGUGACAUUAACUGAAAAGUCAAGUAGCUUCCAACAAGCUGAGCUCGUCUCAGCCCUCCUGGAGGCUCUGGCGGGCCCGUUUGCAAACUGGCAUCUUUUUAAACGCACUGGUUCCCCCCAAGGGAGUCAGAAUGUCUGUUCCGUUGGGAGUUGUGCAGGCGAGGGUGCGCCCGGGGGGCUUUGGUGCUGAGUUCUGAGGAGCUGGUGCUCUGGUUCGGGUCGGUGUCUGUUGCUUUCUUCAGUUUUGGCAAGAGUGAGGCAGUUUGGCCCUUUGUGGAGCCGCCGGUGUUCGGGCUGUGCCUGGGCGCUCGAGCUGCCCUGCCGUCCGAGGCGGGGUCGGGGGCCUGCAGGCGCCCCAGGAGACGGGACGCAGCGGAGGCCUCUGGGACACGAGGGGUGGCCUGAGGCUUUUCCUCCGCAGAGGAGACAUCGUCUCCACCUGGGUGUCCACGUCACAAGCUGCCCGUGGACAGGGCUGUCGACCCUGUUCGCACUUGUGAGUCUCCAGGAGAGGACGCAGACUGUGGUGCUGUCGGCGAUCGUGGACAGACCCCAGUGCCCACAAGGAGCCGGGUAUCCGCGGUGUUUUCUCUGGGGCCUGCUGGGCGUGCUGCUGCCUGAGGCUCUCUCCUUCCGUGUGGAGCAGGGGCCGUGGAGGGGGAGGACACUGGACCAAUAGCAGGUCUCCCCGCGGGACUUACCUCUAACUGGUGAAGCCAAAAAUCUUCCCACUUACCCGGGGCCAAACAAGAUGCGGGAUUGCUACUGCACGGUGAACCUGGACCGGGAGGAGGUUUUCAGGACCAAGAUUGUGGAGAAGUCGCUCUGCCCCUUCUAUGGAGAAGACUUCUACUGCGAGAUCCCUCGGAGCUUCCGGCACCUGUCCUUUUAUGUCUUCGACAGAGAUGUUUUCCGCAGGGACUCCAUCAUAGGGAAGGUGGCCAUCCAGAAGGAAGACUUGCCGAAGUACCAUAACAGGGACACUUGGUUCCAGCUGCAGCACGUGGACGCCGACUCAGAAGUGCAGGGCAAGGUCCACCUGGAGCUGAGGCUGAGCGAGGUCAUCACCGACACGGGCGCCAUCUGCCACAAGCUGGCCACGCGCAUCCUCGAGUGCCAAGGCCUCCCCAUCGUGAACGGGCAGUGUGAUCCGUACGCGACUGUGACACUGGCCGGACCCUGCAGAUCAGAAGCAAAGAAGACAAAAGUGAAAAAGAAGACCAACAACCCCCAGUUUGAUGAGGUGUUUUAUUUUGAGGUGACCAGACCCUGCAGCUACAGCCGGAAGUCCCACUUUGACUUCGAGGAGGAGGACGUGGACAAACUUGAGAUCCGAGUUGACCUCUGGAAUGCCAGCAACUUGAAAUUUGGAGAUGAGUUUCUGGGAGAGCUGAGGGUUCCACUGAAUGUGCUCCGCCAGUCCAGCUGCUACGAGGCCUGGUACUUCCUUCAGCCCCGAGACAACGGCAGCAAGAGCCUGAAGCCGGGGGACUUGGGGUCCCUGCGGCUGAACGUGGUGUACACUGAGGACCACGUCUUCUCGUCCAACUACUACCGCCCGCUGCGGGACCUGCUGCUGAAGUCUGCGGACAUGGAGCCAGUGUCAGCAUCCGCCGCGCACGUCCUGGGCGAGGUCUGCAGGGAGAAGCAGGAGGCGGCCAUCCCCCUCGUGAGGUUCUUCCUGCACUAUGGCCGAGUGGUGCCCUUCAUCAGCGCCAUCGCCAGCGCCGAGGUCCAGAGGACCCAGGACCCCAACACCAUUUUCCGAGGAAACUCGUUGACCUCCAAAUGCAUUGACGAGACGAUGAAGCUGGCCGGGAUGCACUACCUGCACGUGACCCUGAAGCCCGCCAUAGAGGAGAUAUGCCAGGGCCAUAGACCCUGUGAGAUCGACCCUGUGAAGCUGAAGGAUGGGGAGAACCUGGAGAACAACAUGGAGAACCUGCGGCAGUACGUGGACCACAUCUUCAGCGCCAUCACCAAGUCGGGGGUGAGCUGCCCCACCGUCAUGUGUGACAUUUUCUUCUCUCUUCGGGAGGCGGCUGCCAAACGUUUCCAGGAUGACCUGGACGUGAGGUACACGGCCGUGAGCAGCUUCAUCUUCCUGAGGUUCUUCGCACCCGCCAUCCUGUCCCCCAACCUCUUCCAGCUCACGCCUCACCACACGGACCCACAGACGUCGAGGACGCUGACGCUCAUCUCCAAGACUAUUCAGACUCUGGGCAGCUUGUCCAAGUCGAAAUCCGCGAGUUUCAAGGAAUCCUACAUGGCUGCAUUUUAUGAAUUCUUCAACGAGCAAAAAUAUGCUGACGCAGUAAAAAAUUUUUUAGAUCUGAUCUCAUCUUCUGGGAGAAGAGACCCCAAGAGCAUAGAGCAGCCCAUCCUGCUUAAAGAAGGGUUCAUGAUCAAGAGGGCACAGGGGCGAAAACGCUUUGGGAUGAAGAAUUUUAAGAAAAGAUGGUUCCGCCUGACCAACCACGAGUUUACCUACCAGAGAAGCAAAGGAGACCAGCCUCUGUGCAGCAUUCCCAUCGAAAACAUUCUGGCCGUGGAGAGACUGGAGGAGGAGUCCUUCAAGAUGAAGAACAUGUUUCAGGUGAUCCAGCCGGAGCGAGCGCUGUAUAUCCAGGCCAACAACUGUGUGGAGGCCAAAGCCUGGAUCGACAUCCUCACCAAAGUCAGCCAGAGCAACAAGAAGCGCCUCGCCGUCUACCACCCGUCCGCCUACCUCAAUGGCCACUGGCUGUGCUGUAGGGCCUCCUCGGACACGGCGCCAGGCUGCUCCCCCUGCACCGGCGGCCUCCCGGCAAACAUCCAGCUGGACAUCGAUGGGGACCGCGAGACAGAGCGCAUCUACUCCCUCUUCCACUUGUAUAUGAGCAAACUAGAGAAGAUGCAAGAGGCCUGUGGCAGCAGAUCUGUGUACGACGGGCCCGAGCAGGAGGAGUACUCGACGUUCAUCAUCGACGACCCCCAGGAGACCUACAAGACACUGAAGCAGGUCAUCGCCGGGGUCGGGGCCCUGGAGCAGGAGCACGCCCAGUACAAGAGGGACAAGUUCAAGAAGACCAAGUAUGGGAGCCAGGAGCACCCCAUCGGAGACAAGAGCUUCCAGAGCUAUAUCAGGCAGCAGUCGGAGACCUCCACCCAUUCCAUUUGAAGCAGAAUGUCCUGUCCCAGGACGGUGCCCUGGGCUGCAGCAGGAAAGCCAGUCUUUGGGCUUGAGGGAACAGAGAAAGGACAAUAGGGCACGGGGCCUUCACUUCGCAGCUCACCUGUGACCCACGCCAGGCCUACUGGGCAGCUGAGACCCUCGCGGAGCUUGUCUGUGGUUGCUGGGGCCCCGUCAUCACACUGGUGGCAGGAGACCUGGGCUGGUCCUUCUGGGAGGAGGGGCCGGGACCACCGCGCCCACUGCAGAACUCGUGCUUCCUGUCCUGGACCCUUGGGCCUCUGCUGGGUUCUAUGCGGCCUGUGCGGUGGAGCCCCCAGCUCUCUCCCCCCACAUGCCCUGCGGGACCAGCAUGCUGAGUGCUUCGUGUCCUGUCGCCUGCCGGCGGCCACGGCCCCGGCCCUCCGCUUCCAGCCCUGCCGUUAUUCCUGCGGAAGGUCAGUUUCGCUUCCUCGAGCGUCACCACACGAAGGCCCCCGUGUGCGAAUGCCUUGACGACUCGGAGGUACAGGGGCCUUCUGCCGAGAGUGCCGGGGCUUCCCGUCCGCUCCUGCAGACGCUGGCGUCCCGCCACUGCCAACCCAACAGAGCGGGCAAUGCGCCGUGCAGAGUCCAGCCGCCCCCCUUCAAGUGGAAUUGUCGUUUGCUGUCGGUGGGACUGAGAGCAGGGUCCACCUCAGCUGCCCUUCUGGGAGUUUGGGGAAGGUUUUUAAAAUAGAAAUGUGCAUUAUUUUCAAGCUGUUUUUCUUAAAGUUUUUAGAGGACCGUUUCUAACGAGCUGUUUGAUGAAGUACCUCAGAGCAUCUAGGCCUGUCGCCAAGGGCAGGAUGCAUGGCAGGCACACGGGCACGAGCCGCUUCUCUGGGAAGCCGGUGGAUGGCCCUCCAGAGCGCCCCAGGGGACGAGCGUCCUGAGCUGUGCAGAUCCCCAGCCCCCGGGAGCAGGGCUUUGCUGUGUCUCUGUGAGGCCCCUAGAAGCUGCCAGGCAGUGGGGGUGCUUUUCUGUGGGGGUGGGGGUCCUGACGUGGGGCAGCUGGCCUUCAAGCUUUGGAGAACACUGUUCAGAUGCUCGGACCUUGUGCCUGUCUCUGCUUUUAUUUGCAAAUACUGUCCAGACUCUGAACCAUGAUGGAUAGGACUUGUCACAAAAAUGGUGGAGGACGAUGUUGCAGAAAAUACGCUUAGGGACACACAGCUAGCAGGCCACACCGGACUACCGUUUUUAACUCGGAUUUGUAACUUGAUGUCUCUGUUUAUAAGAUACUAAUGAUCUGCAAUGUAUUUUACUGGCCAAUUAAAACAGACGUUUUAUUCUU